AUGGCAAAGGAAAUAGCCGAGAGGAUGGGUAUUAAGACGGCUGAAAGGAAUCCUCAGAGGACUGAUGGCCUUUCCAUGGAUAUUGAGAGGAGUAUUUACUUGUUAAAGAAGAACGGCAAUGAAAGCACCUUACUGUGGCGUGUGGAAGAUUUACCCACGUGCCAACGUGGUGUUAGCGCGUUCCAAUUGAUUAUUUGGAAGCGAGGUCUCAGCCUUCAGUCUUUCACGAACCCUAUGGACUGUCUGCUUUCCAUUCUACUCAACGUGUCAUUAGGUUAUGGUUCAGACAUCGCACCUAUCGUGCUCUUUGCAAUUAAUAAUGUUGCUUCCCACCGAAACCACAGCAGGCGACCUAGCUCAACCUCCGCGACCAACCUAAACGAACCUCUCAACGAAUACGUUACCAAUCUCUACUCCACCAUCAUCGCAAUACGUUGUGCAGAGACGCAGGUUACAAACUUGCCAAUGGAGUCAUUUCACCUCACGUUCCGGGAAUACACAAGUAAACGAAUCGAGCAACGAAAGUUGCGUUUGAUGAUUUGGAUAAGCGGAGGACUAAGGAACGAUAGCAGUCAACACAUUCGCGGCCAGAACCUUUUGCUGCUUCACACCCUGCACAAUCAAGAUACUCGACCAAAAUCUUCGUUGGUUUUCCAUCUUCCCAAUCUACGCGUAUUAAUCAACCCCUCCAGCAUCGCAAUUCACAACGUCGAAACCGCUACUCCAAGCAUCGGAGCCGCUUGUAUGCCUCUUUCCAUUCGGUAUACGCAAGGACAAAACGCUUCUCAAACCUCAAAGACGCUCUCGAUUUAUUUGAGCAGGGGCCUACGGCUGAGUACGCUUCAAUUUUGGUAUGCAUAUUGGGAAUGGCUGUCCGAAGUAACGUCUCCAUACACAAAGUGCCUCGAGGAACGAAGAAUCCUAGCUGAUCGACCAGAUAUCGCAGCCGCAGUUGCGCAGCACGAACGCGACCACCCUCCGCCAUCCGUGGACACGCUUGCAUUUCGAAAACGCGAUGGCAAGCACCUGACAAACGUAUCAGACGACUAUAUCACCUUCGUCAAGACCCUCGACAGCCUAGAUAAGACAGUCGCUUCAAUAUUUCGGACAGGGACAUACGCAUCACGCACGGGGAAUUUUGAGGCAAGAAAGUUCUUUGGUUUGAAGCCGGCAGCGUAUAAACUCUUGCUCCUCAAGUUGAAUAUGCCGCUGUAUACGGCAGGUGUAUUUUAUGCGGAAGAUACUUCGAGGAAUGGCAGGCAUAGGGAAAUGUUGGAUAAGUGUUUGAGGAAUACGGGGAAUGGGCGUUUGGUGUAUGCUUCUGUCCAGGACAUUAAAGGAAAGUGGAUGCUGGAUAAUGGCGCGGCACCCAGCUUUCCACGGGCUAGCUUUAGGUACCGUUUACUUACUACAGGUAGCGAAAAGAAGACUACGGCCUUGCAAUCAACUGAGACUUGUACGAUUCCGUCAAAAUGGUAUCAGUUCCACAAGAGGAAACACAUUUAUGAUGUAAAUUCCCAUAGAAGGGGAGUUUAUUCGGUAUCGUUUUGCACGCUUCAUCAAGAUACUGUCACAAAACAUGACACAGAUGACAUUGUUCUUUCAGCGAGGACUGACAAUGUCCUUGAGAAGCCAGGGGCUUUGGGGGUCUGGAUUUAUCACAAGGGAGAAUACUAUACUAUCCUUUCUCUUCUUCCGUUUCUACCUAUGGCUUCUAGACGCAAAUGGAAACCAUGGUCCAGUGCCAAGUUAGGUUUGGUGGUUCACGCACUGGCGUACAUGACACUUAACAGAUACUAUUUUAGAGCCCAAUCGGAUGAGAAAUUUGAAUAUGCAAAGAACAGCACAACAAAGCCUGCACAACACGCGAACCUGAGCGCGAGGCAGAGCAUAUUUGCUAAACCGUGUAUUUUUUUUUUGGAGUAUCUUUUUGACUUCGGCUGCCUCCAUGCUGCGGGGCCACCGGUAUUGUGGUACAGAAAGAAGGACCGAGUUUCUGGAGAUGACUAUUGGGUUCUCCCGCUGUCUCCAUGCCAACUAACGAGUUUGACCUCUGGUUCGUGCGGCGCGCCCUCUCAUGGUCGAGCUGGAUUCUAUGGAGGCGGAGAUGUCAUCUUUUUUAGCCGAGGCAAGGGGUUCAGUACCAUCGCGGUACUGGUAGCUUCAUUUUUCUCUAAGCUGAAGGAAAUCGGAGGCUCCUGCCAUCAUCUUUUCGAUUUUGAUUUUGGACAUCCGGGAGCAUGCAUAAGGACGUACGCCAUUGUGAUUUUCGCCCGUUGUAUGCUAGAGAAUAAUUUGGGAGGCAUAACUUUUGGAGGCAGGCAUGUAUCGAUGGUAAUCGGACUUUAUUUCUCACAGGAGAAGAGCGACACCGACCUUGGAUUGCGAGAGAGAGGUAUGGCAAAAGAGGGGAGGUUAAAUAGAAGUCCACGGGAGGAACGAAAGCAGAGCACGCGCACCAGAGAUGAGAACAACGCCUCUGUCGAGUUGCGUAUUUGCUUUCCUCAUCCUUUCGCCGAGACUUUGUUCUCUACCUCCACACUUCUCUUAUCGAGCCGUUAG